UUUAGUGCCAGGAGGCACUAUCUUGCUCCGUAGUCUCACCCCUCGUUUGACUCAUCGAGAACUGGAGUUUGGAAAGUGCCACGUGAACAGCGAUUGUUUUGACGGCAUUCCAAGGAUGAGCAAGCGAUAGCAGGAUUGAGAGAUUUUUUCACAACCACAAGUCUUUUGUGUCAACUACUCAUCCGCCAUAAUUUCUCUUUCAGCACCACGACAAAAUGCCGGCAUCUUCAGGUCUUUUUGCCGCGACGUUCGAUGCUGCGGACGGAACCUCGUCUUCAGCGGGACCGAUUACCGGUUCUACAGCAAGUUCUUCUUCCUCAGCCAGGAGUUCUGUCUCUGAUGCAGGCUAUUUUCAGAGCCGUUCCAGAAACCCACCGAUCGACUCCACACGACAGUACCUGCCCAAAAAUCUUCUUACCCAUUCCCAUCGAGGUAGAAGAAGUGCUCACGCAACGAAUUUCGCCGGCGACUCUCCCUCGCCGGACGUGGAAAAAAAGAUUCGCAACCCGACGCCACUAGGUCUCAUCGCGGACGAGCGGGAGAUUGAGCAACUGGUGAGCAAAACGAAUUACCAGCUGCAGAACCUGGGGGCGUUGGUCACCAAGUACUUCAAUAAUCCAGACGUGGAGUACGGGCCGGAAGACGUGCCGGAAAUCAUUACCGGCAUCCAGGAUAUGCUGGACCAGUCGGAGGCGGGACUGUUGGAACUGAAACAAAGGAUCGGAAUUCUCGGCGACGACGCGAACACCAUGCUCCAGCAGGGGAAUCAGGCCGUGGCGCAAAGUGCGAUGCCGGUCUUUGGGGCGGUGGUUGCAGGGCUCGUCAGCGGGUGUGUCGGGACGAGUUUGGCGGAGGUCGCUGAUCAUGUGACAAGCGAAGAAAGAAGACCAAAUGUAAAGCUUUCGAGGACCAAAUCGCUGAACUUUUUGUAAGUAAAUGCGAAUAGAGCAGAAAUCGAACUGAGUAAAUGCUCAACCCGCAGAGGUGUAAAGUAAGUAGGUGCGAACAUCAAAAUGUAUCUGUUUCGGACGCGGGAUCUAGUAGAGUCGUCGAAGUCGAAGCGCUCACUUUAUUCUCCUUGGCGUGCAGGAGGGACAUCAUCAUACGCAGAAAUACAUAGUCAGUACGAGACGAUCUGGAUCUGCUAUGCUGCGGGAGGUCGCGCUUGGUGUUUUCUGUGUAUUGGAUUUGACGAUGCACUUCGAAAAAAGAAGAAAGAGAUUGAUAGAGCAAAUACGAGUUGAAGGGAGCGG